AUGGACGAAGCGAGUAUGCAGGAAAUGUUUUCAAUGUACAUGGAAAAUCGCCACCGAAUGUCGUGCAUCGAGUUAUAUAUUGAGUUUGAGCAAUCUGAAGCGGACCGUAACAUUGAAUUGGAAGAUUAUAAUAGUGAAAGCGAAGAUGAAUUUGAAAGUAACUAUGAGAUCGUCGGUCCAGUUGAGGACGAAGAAGCAGCUGGCGGCGCCAUGAACGCAGAUGUGGCGGAAGUUGCAAAUGCACUAGCAAACCCGCAUCCGUUUCAAGAGCCUUCUUUCAUGUGGUCGUUGGAUUUGGAGGCUAUGCGCGCAUCGGAGUUUCCGCAAUAUAUGAAUCCAGCCCCUCCUGUUGUGGCGGAUGGUGAGUUCACAGUGGGGAUGGAAUUCAGCUCAAGGGAGGCAGUAAUCAAGGCAAUGAAAGAUUAUACCAUCCGGAGAGGUGUGGACUAUCGGGUAUAUGAGUCGGAACCGACGACAUUCUAUGCCAAAUGUAUAGAAUAUGGGAAUGGUUGUGACUGGUUGAUCAAGGCAACCAAAAUGCAAAAGAAGUACUGUUGGGAGAUAAGGAGGUACAAUGGAAGUCAUACUUGUACCAGGUCUACUAUUUCUCAAGACCAUUCGAAGCUGGAUUCCAAGACAGUUGCAGAAGCAAUAAAGCCGUUGGUAGAGGUUGACCCGUCUAUAAAGGUGAAAUCAGUAAUUGCUGAUAUCCAGUCAAAGUUUAACUACACCAUCAGUUAUCGCAAGGCUUGGUUAGCAAAGCAGCAGGCGGUCGAAUCAAUUUUCGGAAGUUGGGAAGCAUCGUAUGAAGCUUUGCCGAUAUGGUUUGAGGCCAUGUGCCACAAAGAGCCAUCAGUAGUAGUUCACGUUGAAACAAUGCCAGCUUACCAGGGGGAUGAUUUGGUGGACGGGACUCAUUUGUAUGGAAAAUACAAGGGUUGUUUAUUGGUUGCAGUCUCACAAGAUGGUAAUAACAACAUCGUGCCUAUUGCAUUUGCCAUAGUGGAGGGAGAGACUUCUGAUGCAUGGCACUUUUUUCUGAGUAACUUGCGUCAACAUGUGGUGACCCGUGAUGGUGUCGGACUAAUCUCCGAUCGACACGAUUCGAUUAGGUCAGCUAUUGAACGAAGUAAUGGGGCGUGGUCUCCUCCAAGAGCUUUCCAUAUGUUUUGUAUCCGGCAUAUUGAGUCCAACUUCUUGAGGAAGUUCAAAGCACCUUACCUGCAGAAGCUUAUCGUCAACAUUGGUAAAUACUCGAGGACGACCAGGGAGUACCAGAUGCGCUAUGAACGAUUAAAGGAACGGGGUGAGGCUUACACCAAUUGGCUUGAUCGGAUCCCUCGUGAGCAGUAUGCUUUGGCAUUUGAUGGUGGUUACCGAUAG